UAUAUUUUAUUUCCUUUAACAGUUACCUCUGUACCUGGUUAAUACCCUAAUUCACAAGACAUUGAAGGAAAUUUGUACUAGCUUAUAAUGAAGCAGGAUUUUCCCAACCUGCAGAAUGAUGCUAUUAUUAAAGCAGCCAAAGGUGAGAAAGUGGACCGUAUACCUGUGUGGGCUAUGAGACAGGCAGGCAGAUAUUUACCGGAGUUCAAAGAAGUUCGUGCAAAACAUGAUUUCUUCACAGUUUGUAGAACACCAGAACUUGCAUGUGAAGUGACGUUACAACCUUUAAAACGAUUUGAUUUAGAUGCCGCAAUCAUAUUUUCUGAUAUUCUUGUGAUACCUCAAGCCCUAGGAAUGGAAGUUCAAAUGGUUCCUGGUAAAGGUCCUACUUUUCCAGAGCCAUUGCAAAGUCCCAAAGAUAUAUCAAAAUUAAAUCAAAAGCCUGAAGUCCAUAAAGAACUUGGAUAUGUAUUUGAUGCUUUGACAUUGACUCGGAAAACCUUGAAUGGAAAAGUUCCAUUAAUCGGGUUCAGCGGUGCACCUUGGACUUUAAUGGCUUAUAUGGUUGAAGGUGGAAGCUCUUCUACGUUUUCCAAACCAAGAUCCUGGUUGUACAAGCAUAGUGAAGAGAGUAAAGAACUUUUAAAUAUUUUGACUGAAACAAUAAUCAAAUAUCUGGUUGGUCAAGUGGUUGCAGGAGCUCAGUUAUUGCAGUUAUUCGAAAGUCAUGCUAGGGUUCUUAAUCAAGAAAUGUUUAACAAAUAUUCACUGCCAUAUCUAAAAAGAAUUGUAGACGAAGUGAAAAAGAAUUUAAUAGAAGCUGAUAUUGAACCGGUACCAAUGAUUGUUUUUGCAAAAGACGCUUAUUAUGCUAUCGAAGAUCUUGCCCAAACCAAGUAUGAUGUAAUAGGACUGGAUUGGACAGUUGAUCCUGUCCAAGCUCGAGAAAUAGCAAAGAAAUAUGGAAAAUCUUUGCAAGGGAAUUUUGACCCUGCUAACUUAUAUGACACACAAGAAAAUAUUGAAGGAGCAGUUAAGAAAAUGAUUGAUAAGUUUGGAACCAAAAGCUACAUAGCUAAUUUAGGUCAUGGAAUGUAUCCUGAUAUGAGUCCAGAUCAUUUGAAAGCAUUUAUUGACGCUGUCCAUAAUUAUCCUGUGGGUGAUACAUGAUAACCUAACAAUUGUGAGGUUGCUAUCGAAAAAAAAUUUGCAUUGAAUUUAAAAAAUGCUAUUUGUAUAUUUGCAGUAUUGUUGACAUAUAAAAUCUGAUGUAACAUUCCCAACAAUUAUUUUCACCGUGUCAUUUUUUUCUUGCUAUCAAGUGUGUAUAAACUCUAUCCAAUACUCUGCAGAAAAGAUCGAGACAUUUUAAUUUUUGUUCAUAAUAAAUCUGCCAAACUGUGUGUUCGUACUAAUACGCUGCUUCUGCAUUUUAUGCGAUGUCUUGCACAUUGCCUACUACCUUUUGAUGGAGAUUUGUGUUCUGAAAGUUCAAUUUAAAUAGUCUAUUAUGCUGCUUCCUUUUUCACUUGGUGCCUGAAAUAUAUACAUAAAUGAGGAUUGA